CCGAGAUCGUUCCAAGAUUCUUCCAUCUUGAUUUUCGCAUCAUUCCACAUGGACGCAUGAUUCUGUACGAUAUCUGAUUCUGUACGAGUAUCAUCGACAUUUAUUUCAUUGUAACUUGUGUUGCAUCCACUUGCUACGAACGUAAUUUCACGCAUUUGUGUACAUUUUCUGGCUCUAAUAGCAUUUCAUUUAUUGUAAAAAAUAAGAUGACUGAGACUUUAACGGAGAUGCCAGUUGCACAAUCUGAGGUAAAGUCCAGCUGGGCUGAUGAAGUCGAGGAAGAGGGAGGAGCAUUGCCUGCGCCAUCAGAAGUCUACGAGAAUGGUUUUAAAAUCCUCACCGAAUAUAAAUACAAUCAAGACAACAAGAAGGUCAAAGUCGUGCGCACUUAUAAAAUAGAGCGACGUAUUGUAUCAAAAACGAUCGCAGCACGUAAAAAUUGGGCAAAGUUUGGCGAUUCCGUCGAUGACAGGCCAGGACCUAAUCCAGCCACUACUGUCAUCGGCGAAGACGUUUUCAUGCAGUUCAUAUCCAGCAAAGAGGAAGAGAACAAGGUAGAAGAAGAUUCUCUAGAUAAAUUGAAGAGCAUGGGCGAUAAGGGUGUUGUCAAGUGUCGUAACUGCAAUGGCGAUCACUGGACUUCCAAAUGUCCAUAUAAAGAUACCGUUCUUGCUGGCGGAAAAGUACCAGAUGACAAGAAGCCUCUCGUUAAUACAGGGGUUCCCGGUGCAAUGGCCGAGCUCAAACCGCAAGGUGGCAAAUACGUACCACCCGGCAUGCGCGAUGGCGGCAACAAACGUGGUGACUCGAUGCAAAUGCAGAGGCGCGACGAUACGACCGCGAUCCGUAUUUCAAAUUUGUCGCAGAGCACAACAGAUGCUGAUUUGGACGAGCUCGUGAAGCCUUUCGGUUCUGUAGUGAAACAGUUCCUUGCCAAGGAGAAGUUGUCUAAUCUCUGCAAAGGCUUCGCAUACGUACAUUUCAAGCAUAGGGCCGAUGCCGCGAGAGCGAUCGCUACCUUGGAUGGUUACGGUUACGAUCAUCUUAUCCUAAGCGUCGAAUGGUCGAAACCUCAAGCGCAAAAUAAUUAAGACGCUUAGAAUAGUAUAUAAUAUAGAAUAACGUAUAAUAUAUAACGGACAUAUUGCUAUUUACUUAUUGGGAGAAAUCCUCAAAAUAAAAUUGUAUUUGAAAUUUUACAUUCUUAUCAGAAGUAUAAAGACAGUAGUCAUCUAUUCAUUACAUUUAAUACUAAAUAUGAAAGUUAGGGAGACUCAAAUUUUUAUUAUAGAUUA